CACAUGGUCAUCUGAGGGAGCUAUGAACUCGGAGAGGGCUUUCUCAUUUCCACACCAUGUCUCCUUUCUUUAUUCUCUGCUCUGUAAUUCCAUUCUGCUACAAUCAUGGGAGUAAUAACGUGCCGUUCUCCACCACACAUAUUCCCAGCUAGGGAAAACAAACCAUUCAUUUUCCCUUCAUAUUCAUUGUGCUUUCCGGAACUAUACAUUCAGCCACUGAAGCUUCAUUACAGUUCAGAUACAACAUGGACGACUUGGUACCUGAUGUUUGCAAUGUGGUAAAGGAACUACCACCUCGAAAAGUCCUGCCUCCUGUGAUUGAGUCAGCCUACGCUGGUCGAGGCCCAGAAUUCAAACGCAUUCGCCUCAGGCUUUCUGGUCGCAGCCCCCUGGUCGCUCACUUCCUCAACAUGAAGAAGGUGCAGGGUAGAAGUUUGGGCACCAUCGGACCAACACUGAAACACAAGGAAAUUUCCAAACAGCCAGCGCUCCAUCCCACCUACCUCGAAGUUAUCAAAGAAGCUGAGACUUUCAGCAAAAUUCUGCUACAGAAAAACAUUGAUGUACAUGAGCAAACCAAGAAGGAAGUUGCAAAAAUAAAGUGGGACCAGAUGCAGUUUAACAAAAGAAUUGACAGACUGAAAAAUGAGCUGAACCAAAAUGGAAAAUCACUUGAGUCGGCAAGUAAGACGCUCCUCAAAAUGACCACAGCUGAAGCUAAUAGCGGGCAAAGGAACGAGAGUUUGCCCAAGCCGGAAGAGAGAAAGAAACGAGAAUAAUCUGUACAGAUCGGAAUCCUUGCAUCAAUUACAAUUAGGUACAAUUUGUUAAAGCCUCUAGUAAACCACUAAAUAUUACAACUUAUCUUGCUACAAAAACAGCAUUUUGAGGAAUGGUACCAAGAAAAAAAUUAAAAGGUAAUUGCAGAAAUGUUA